AUGAGAAAUUUAUUUUUAAUUACAUUUUUCAUAUCUUUGAUUUCAUUAGUUUCAGCUGAAACACAUACUUGGUAUUUUAAAACAGGAUGGGUUGAUGCUAAUCCAGAUGGUCAAUUUGAUAGAAAAAUGAUUGGGUUUAAUGACACAUGGCCAUUACCUACUUUAAGAGUUAAAAAAGGUGAUAGAGUUAAUUUGUAUUUGAUCAAUGGUUUUGAUGACAGAAACACUUCAUUACAUUUUCAUGGUAUGUUUCAACCAGGAUCUUCACAAAUGGAUGGUCCAGAAAUGAUUACACAAUGUCCAAUCCCACCUGGUGAAACUUUUUUGUAUAAUUUUACUGUUGGUAAUCAAGUUGGAACUUAUUGGUAUCAUUCCCAUACUUCAGGUCAAUAUGGUGAUGGUAUGAGAGGUGUAUUUAUUAUUGAAGAUGAUGAUUUUCCUUAUGAAUAUGAUGAAGAAGUUGUUUUAACUUUAGGUGAACAUUAUCACGUUUAUUCAGAUGAAUUGCAACCAGCAUUUUUAAGUAGAUUUAAUCCAACUGGUGCUGAACCAAUUCCAGAAGCUUUGUUGUUUAAUGAAACUUAUAAUGCUACAUGGAAAGUUGAACCAAAUAAAACUUAUUUAUUAAGAAUUGUUAAUAUUGGAAGAUUUGUUUCUCAAUAUUUAUGGAUUGAAGAUCAUGAUUUUGAAAUUGUUGAAGUUGAUGGUAUUUAUGUUGAAAAAAAUACUACUGAUUUAUUAUAUAUUACAGUUGCUCAAAGAUAUUCAGUUUUAGUUCAUACAAAAAAUUCAACUGAUAAAAAUUAUGCAUUUAUGAAUAGAGUUGAUCCAGAUAUGUUGGAUGUUCCAGGCAAUUUAAGAGAAAAUUCAACAAAUACAAUGGAAUAUGAUGCUGGUAAUGCUCCAGUUGAAGAAAAUAUUUUAGAAGGUGAUAAAAAUGAACAAUAUUUUGAUGAUUUUUAUUUAAAGCCAUUGUCAAAAGAAAAAUUAUUAGACGAUGCUGAUUAUACAAUUACUGUUGAUGUUCAAAUGGAUAAUUUAGGUGAUGGUGUCAAUUAUGCUUUCUUUAACAACCUUACUUUUACUCCUCCAAGAGUUCCAACUUUAUUAACUGCUUUAUCAGCUGGUGAACAUGCAACAAAUGAAUUAGUUUAUGGUUCAAAUACAAAUUCUUUUGUUUUACAAAAAGAUGAUGUUGUUGAUAUUGUAUUAAACAACCUUGAUCCGGGAAAACAUCCUUUUCACCUUCAUGGUCAUGUAUUUCAAUUAAUUGAAAGACAUGAAGCCAUUGAUGAUGAUCAAGACCCAGUUGGUUAUAAUUCAACUGAUCAUGCUGAAUGGCCAGAAUAUCCAAUGAUUAGAGAUACUGUUUAUGUUAGACCACAAUCUUAUAUUGUCAUGAGAUUCAAAGCUGAUAAUCCAGGUGUUUGGUUUUUCCAUUGUCAUAUUGAAUGGCAUUUAGAUCAAGGUUUAGCAAUUCAAUUAAUUGAAGAUCCAAUGGGUAUUCAAAAUAAUGAAACUCAACAAUUGACUGAAAAUCAUAAACAAAUUUGUGAAAAAGGUGGUAUUCCAUGGGAAGGUAAUGCAGCUGGUAAUUCUGAUAAUUAUUUGGACUUGAAAUCAGAAAACUUACAACAUAAAAGAUUACCAACAGGUUUUACAGCUAGAGGUAUUAUUGCAUUAGUCUUUUCAUGCGUUGCAGGUGUUUUAGGUUUAAUGGCAAUUGCAUUUUAUGGUAUGAAUGAUAUAGCCGAUGUUGAAGAAAGAGUUGCAAGAGAUUUAGAUGUUGAUUUAGAUGAAAACAGUGAUGAGUUUGUAAAUGAGGAAAUAAGUUCAUCAUCAAUUGGUAACUCAUCAACCAACAAACAUUAA